AAAUAUGAAGGCUCGUAUUGAGGAUGGCGUCGUGUAUUCGCCAUACCCGUCCAUCGACAUUCCCGUGUGCUCAUUCUAUGCUCUGGCCAAAGAAAGACUGCUGUGGAACCCACACAAAACAGCAUUGGUUGAUGACGUCACCACUCUCACUCGAGCCGAGGUGCUCGCCCGGAUGCAGCGUUACGCUGUGGGCUUUCGGCUGAAUGGCGUCGUUCCCGGUGACCGGGUCUGUGUUCACCUUAACAACUCCACGGAAAACCUAUUAGCCAUGUACGGCUGCAUCCUGGCUGGAGCGGCAGUUGUCUUGGCCAAGCCGUCGCUCAACAAAAGUGACUUCCGCUACUUGGUAGACGACAGUGACAGCACGCAUGUUCUUACUGACAUGGAAAAUACAGGAAAAGUUACCAGAGCAGUGGCUUCAUUGUCCUUGAAGGGCCUCUUUUGCAUGGGACGCACUGCCGGAUUCGUGUCGGCCGCUGAAUUCGCAGAGCUGAACGAAAGCGAGUACCAAGAGUGUCCUGUUGACCCAAAGAGCACAGUGCUCGCCGUGUGCUACACGUCGGGAAGCACGGGUAUGCCGAAGGGUACGGAGAUGACUCAUUACAACUACGUGGCCUGCUUCUACACGACGAAGUUCGUUGUGCCACUUGGAGAGGAAGAUGUAUUCCUAGCCCAAAACCCAAUUACGCACCAGUCGGGCAUGCUUUACGAUGUGAUAUUUAUGCUGAACGGCACGAUGAACGUUAUAACGCCGGUCAGUUUCAACUGUGUAGAAAUUAUGGGCGCCAUCGACAAGUACAAUGUUACGGUGCUCUUCUUAUUCACCACCAGGCUACAAGCUCUGGUGUGCGAAAUGCGACACACUGGACGACGAAUGCCAAGCGUGAAGCGCAUCAUAUUAACAGGGAGCGUGCUGUCGACAGCAGCGGCUGAUGCGGCGCGUGAAGCCUUCCAUGAUGAACUGGAGUGUAUGCUCAACAUGUACGGUAUGACUGAGUCAUGUUCCGUAAUCACGGCUCAACCAAAGACCAGCGGGACUCGUACUGGAUCUGACACCGGUGUUCCUAACACCAUGGUGAUGCUGAAGGUGGUGGAUUUGGUCACGGGCCAGAAACUUGGUGCACACAAGAUAGGCGAGAUCUGCUACAACACACCAUGUAUGACCCGGGGCUAUUACAAGCGGCCCAAGGAAUCUGGCGAGCUUUUUGAUGAAGAGGGUUGGUGCAAGUCAGGUGACGCUGGCUACUACGACGACGACGGCCGGCUGUACAUCGUCGAGCGGUUGAAGCAGCUCAUCAAAUGCAUGGAUAAUCAGGUGGCUCCUACGGAACUGGAAGAACUGCUUUUACGAGAACACUCCGCUGACGUCGCCGAGGUAUCCGUGGUUGGCCUUCCACAUCCUGAGUACGGAGAGGCUCCGGCGGCUGCCGUAGUGCUCACGCAAGAAGGUCGUACAAAGAAUCCCGAGCUCCUCGCCACGAGUAUGAAGGCUACCGUGGAAAGCCAUCUCGCCGUGCACAAGCACCUCCAUGGCGGUGUCUUCUUUGUGGAUUCCCUGCCAAAAACUGACACUGCGAAAGUCAAAAGACAUGCGCUGGCGCGCUUUCUCGCGUAAGCCUAGAUGCAGAUAAGCUGGCGCAGGUUUGGCCAUGUCCGGAGAUACAGCGAACUCGUGGGGUUUAUUGACUAUUAUCACUGAGGGCAGUUGGCGUACCUCUUUUAUGGGUCAUUUUUGUUCUUUACCAUUAUCAGUAAGGCGUGUAGACAACCAGCGUUUGUGCGUUGUAGCGAAUUUUUUGAAUAAAA